AUGGCCUCUGAAAAACCCAGUUCCAAAGGCCAAGCAUGGUUUUGCACUACAAAUUUGCCGAGUGAUAUUAUAAUCGAAGUUGAUGGCAUGACUUUUCAUCUCCACAAGUUUCCAUUGAUGUCAAAAAGUAGAAAGCUUUGCGAGCUGAUAACAGAGCAAGAGAUGAACCCAAAAUUCAGAAGCACUGGAAUCCAAAACGCCUCUGUAAAAAAACAGAAAAAUGACCAGAAAGAUAUCCAAGAAGAAGAAGAAGAAAAUGACUACCACAUUACACUCCCAGAUUUCCCGGGCGGCUCUGAAUCCUUUGAAACCGCCGCGAAAUUCUGUUACGGCCAAAAAAUUGAUCUGUCGGCCUCCAACGCCGCCCCUCUUCGCUGUGCCGGAGAAUACUUAGAAAUGACAGAAGAGUAUUCUGAGGACAACCUGAUUUCCAAAACCGAAAGAUUUCUCACUCAAUUUGUGUUCAAAAACAUAAAAAAUUCUGUCAUUGCCUUAAAAACCUGUGAAAAGCUAAUGCCUUUAGCUGAAAAUCUUAGGAUUGUUGAGAGAUGCAUUGAAGCGAUUGCUUCUAGAGCUGAAUUCUCAGAUCCAUCCCUAUUUGGAUGGCCUGUGAGUGGUCGAGUUGAAGAAAAUUCGAAGAGAGUAAGUACUAAUGGAAAGGAUUCUUGGUUUGAUAAGCUCGGGCUAUUGAGUUUACCCCUUUUCAAAAGAUUGAUUUUUGUGAUGAAAUCUUCGAAUCUGAGCUCGGAAAUCGUUGAUUCCUGUUUGAUUUCCUACGCAAAGGAAUACAUUCCUGGAAUUUCGCGUACAAACUGGAAGCCAUCAACAUCGCCAUCCAAGGUGGUGUCCGAGGAUGAGCAAAGGGAGAUUCUGGAGACAAUAAUUUCUAAUUUUCCAUUACAGAAAACCGCAAUCUCAUCUUCAGUUAAGACUCGAUCUUUAUUUGGAUUACUACGAACAGCCAAUAUAUUGAAGGCUUCGGAGGCUUGUCGGGCAGCAUUGGAGAAGAAAAUUGGAUGGCAAUUGGAAGAAGCAACUUUGGAUGAUCUUCUUAUUCCAAGUUUUUCAUACUUGAAUGAAACAUUAUACGAUGUUGAUUGUGUUGAGAGAAUUUUAGGACACUUUCUACAAGGAUUAGAAGAGAGAUCCUUAAACAGAAUUGAAGUUGAAGACGAGAAUAGUAACUUCCGAUCAACAGCAUUAAUGCUGGUUGGCAAAUUGAUUGAUGGGUACUUGUCAGAAAUUGCUUCUGAUGUUAAUUUGCAGCCGGAAAAAUUCUGUCAGCUUGCUGUUUCCCUGCCGGAGUAUGCCAGACUAUUCGAUGAUGGUCUUUAUAGGGCCGUUGAUGUUUACCUUAAGGCACAUCCAUUGACAAUGGAGGCAGAAAGGGAAAAAAUAUGUGGAAUUUUGGAUUGCCAGAAGCUGACAUUAGAGGCAUGCACUCAUGCCGCCCAAAAUGAGCGGCUUCCGCUUAGAGCAGUGGUUCAGGUACUUUUUUUUGAGCAGCUUCAGCUGCGGCAUGCCAUUGGCGGCACUCAUCUAGCAGCUGAAGCCGGUCCUACUGGAGGAGGAGAGGAGGAGGAUGACGAGUUGAUUGCGAUGGCCCAUGAACAGGAGGGGAGCAGGCCGUGGAGGGCGGUGGUGCAGGAGAAUCAGGUGCUGAAGCAGGACAUGGAUAGCAUGAGGACGCGAGUGAACCAAUUGGAGAGAGAGUGCUCGGCCAUGAGAAGGACCAUUGAUAAGAUAGGUCCGCCUGCGACGGUGGAGAGAGGCGGGCAGCGGAGGACGUCCCUCAAGAAAAUAUUUGGGUGUAAAUUCAACAGUCAAGUAUGCUAUUCACAUGAGCCGGCGGCGGCGGAGGGUAGUAAAGGCCGUAGCCACCGCCGUGAUCAAUAA